UGCUGAGAAGGAUAUAGAAAUCAUAAGCUGUAUCAGUUAUGUGUGAUGUGGAAUUAAAAGCGCUGCUCCUCAUAUGUGCGCUAUAUUUAUGCGAGACAGAUAUUGAUGAAUGCACCGAAGGCAUCAUACAGUGUCACAGACACGCCCGAUGUGUAAAUGUACCGGGAUGGUAUCACUGUGAGUGCAGGAUUGGUUACCAUGACAACGGCAACUAUUCAUUCACCGGAGAAAACUGCAUCGAUAUCGACGAAUGUGCCUCAGGGGUACACAGUUGUUGGAAUGACUCAAUCUGUGUUAAUCUUGACGGAGGGUUUGACUGUCGAUGUCCUUUCGGUGAGCACUGCACUGGAGACUGUCCCCAUGAUGAAGGCUUGAAGCAUAAUGGACAGGUCUGGACCUUGAGAGAUGACCGGUGUUCUGUCUGCUCAUGCCAGGAUGGGAAUAUUUUCUGUCGAAGGACUGUUUGUGACUGUCGCACACCAAAUGUUGACCUCUUCUGCUGUUCAGAAUGUGACACUAGAGUGACCAGCCAAUGCCUGCAUCAGAAUGGACACCUAGUCUAUCGCAGUGAAGACGUCUGGAUUUAUAACUGCCAGCAAUGCCGAUGUUUGCAGGGAGAAGUGGAUUGCUGGCCUGUGUCCUGUCCGACACUCAGCUGUGAGUAUACAACCAUCCCAGAGGGAGAGUGCUGCCCACGCUGUGUGAGUGACCCCUGCUUAGCUGACAACGUGGUCUAUGAUAUCCGACGGACGUGUACAGAUAACCACGGAAUAACCCGGCUGAGCGGUUCCAUAUGGACCAUGGCUGGAUCGCCCUGCACAACUUGCAAAUGCAAGAACGGGAACAUUUGCUGUUCAGUUGAUGUGGACUGCCUCUUCAACAACUAAUGCUCUUCCUAUGGACUGGUCAACUUCCUGUGCGGACGUGCAGGUUGUCACUGCAAUGUACGCCCAAGAAGGCCCUCACAUUGUGGAACCAAAAGCUACCAAAUGGAGCAAGAUUUCCAAGAGUUUUUGUGUCGUUGAACUAUCCUGCACUUUUGUGGCUGUCCAGUUCAAAAUCUUUCACUUUCAACUCAAAGCUGGGAGCUUCCAUUACCUUGCUGUCAGAAAACAACACUUCAAUGGUCUUUUCUUUUACAGCGUUUUGGUAGCUGUAAGUGGAAAACUGGAUUGUCUUAUCUGACCUUACAGUUAAAUAUCUGUCCAAAUUUGUUGUUCUGUUUUUAAGUAAAUUGAUUAUCUGUAAUAUCGUGUAUUAAUCCUUUGAGUACUGAGUGUCCUUUGCCGCUUUUAAGAUUCAUGCAUCACUCUGUCAAGCAGUUCCACAAAUCACCUUCCAUUCAACUCAAGGCUGAACAUCAUGAAGACAAAAGUUGCAUAACCUCAGCUAGAAAACUAUAGAGCAUGCAUUUAAAUUGUAUUUUUGUUUUGCAGACAAGAGAACCCAGAAUGCUUGCAAUAUAACAAUUUUACAUUUUUAACUUUGAAAGCAAAAAUACAGUGGCAGAUAUUUGCAAGACUUUGAGUUCCAUUGCUCUUUAAAGGUAGAAUAGCCUGCCACUACACAAGCAAACUGAAGAUGCACCUUGUCUUUUAACACAACCGAAAGGUAGGACGUGUUCAAAAUGCCAGUCGAUCUGUCUUGUGAUCAAGGCUAAUAGUAGGAUAUGACUAAAAAGCACGCUGUUGUUGUAUUUUGCAAAAACACCAAAUCAGAAUUAAACAAUUGACUAAAAACUGUUCGAUUUUUAA